GAAAGGGAAAGGCAAGGCAAAAGGAAAAGAGGAGAGGGGGUUGUGGGAGGAGGCAUGCUACUGCCUCUCUAAUGAGUUUAAUGAUUAUUAUAUUUAAAUUCACAAACUUUUUUUUUUUUUAGAAUCAAAACUUAUUACAUACAUGUUAAUUAAAUUUAUAUGAAUUUCAAUAUAAAUGUUUAGUUUUUUUUUUAUUUUUUUUUUUUAUAGUGGGAAAAUUGACUCGUAUAAAGUAGAAUAUUACAUCACAUGCAACUCAAAUCUCACCGCUCAUGGCGCUAACUACACAAAUUCCAGUUGAGGUUGGUUUGCCCCUCUCAAAUUAACCACCGUAAUCGCAGGCACACCCUUCGCUCAAAUUUUUCACCUUUUAUCCAUUCUCUCCCCCUCCCCCUUCCAAAUUUCUGCUUCCAUUUCUUUUCUUUUUUUGAUUGUCCUCUUUAUCUCUUGUUUUUCCUUUAUGCUAUCUUUAUUUUUUCCCGCUGAAUUUAUUAGUUGUAGUAGAUUUUUCUUCCUUCAAAUUCAAACAUUUGCUAUGUUUUUGUUAUUCCUUGAUCACUCAUGUGGGUAUCUUCUUAAAUUUGAGUGUCCCUGGAUUUUGUUUUGAUAAAUUCCUUUCCCCCAAUCUAUUUAUAAAGCUUGGUUUCACCAUCUCGAGAAAGUGGUCAGUUUUUGCAAGUGGGUGUUCUUUUAUUUUGUUUGUUAUUAAUUAACCACUUUGUUCUGUAUUAUAUAGUGCUCUGUUCUCUUGUAGAAAACAGAGGAAUUUUAUUCGAGAGUGUCCCUGACUUUAAAUAUUAGUAGCAUUUUUUUUUUUAUUUAUCUUGUAAAGAAUUUUGUUUUAAUGUAUUGGUGAAAACCAUGUUUGCCAUCUAGUUGUUGUGCGUGGGAUGAAAGCUUCAGUUGGAGAGGAUGGGAAGGGUUAAGCUAAAGAUAAAGAGGUUAGAAAGCACUAGCAAUCGACAAGUGACCUAUUCAAAACGAAGGAAUGGAAUCUUGAAGAAAGCUAAGGAAUUGUCUGUAUUAUGCGAUAUAGAGAUUGCCCUUCUGAUGUUUUCUCCAACGGGAAGGCCUACAUUAUUUCAAGGAGAGCAUAGAAGUAUUGAAGAUGUUAUUGCAAAAUUUGCUCAAUUAACUCCGCAGGAAAGGGCAAAAAGGAAAUUGGAGAGCCUUGAAGCUUUGAGGAAAACCUUCAAGAAGUUGGACCACGAUGUAAAUGUACCAGACUUUUUGGGUGCAAGAACUCAGACGGUUGAGGAGUUGAGUGAUCAAGUUAGGUUGUUGCAAGCACAACUUACUGAAAUACAGAAUAGAAUGAGCUAUUGGAGUAACCCUGGUAAGGUUGAUAGCAUAGAACAUCUUAGUCAGAUGGAAGACUCGCUAAAAGAGUCAAUUAACCAAAUCCGUUUGCAAAAGGAGAAUUUUGGAAUGUGCCAACUUAUGCCUCUAGAAUGCAAUAGCCAGUUUCGAAAUGGAAUGGCUUUACCUUUGAUGAUGAAUGGAAUGCAAAAGGCUCAACCAUUAUCAUGGCUUCCAAACAAUGGAAAUCAACAUCUGAUAUUGUCCAACGAGCAAAACAUUUCCCCCCAAAGAGAUAUAGAAUGCUCAACCAGUGCGUCCCUUCCAGGCUAUUCUGGUUACUAUGAUACUGACAAACAUGCUGAAAUUGGAAUUCCAGGAGCACUAGAUAACCCAGGGCGGGAUGGUGGUGCAUUGAGCAAUUUAAGUAACAAUACAUGCUUAGGCGUACAAGUCAAUGAGCAAUUCUCAUGCCCUCCAUUUAGUAGUUUAAAUUUGCCUGAAGUUAGGAAAAUGAAGCCUGAGAUGCAGAUGAACUCCCAAGGAUCCAAUUAUGUUUAUCAAGUUAAUAGCAAUUUUGAACUGCCUAGACCCAUACAUAACAAUGUCCAUCAUACUUGGAUUUCUGCAUCUGGGUCUUGCAGCAUUGCAACGUUUAAUGAGAACCAAUAUCACCAGUUCCUGCUACGUGACUUCCCCCCUGUUUCCUUGGGGCUGUUAGUUUGGUCUGGGGAACUAGUUUUUGAGCAGGUAGCUUUACCUCAAGUUUGGUGUUGUUGGAUCUCCCAGCUCUAGCUUUUUCUCUUGCAAAAUGUGGUUUCUCCUUCGGACUGCUCUUCACAAGAAGCUGAGUACCUUUUUGACUGUUGCUGUAGUGUUUUGGGUCUUUAUCUUAUUACUCCUAGGAUUUCAUGUUUUUUAGGUUUUGGGCCUUUGUUUGAGCUUGCUCGGAGUUAUAUAAUUUAGAUUAUUAUUUAUUGGCUUGUAGGUCUUAUAUAUUUUUUCAUCUAAUGAAUAUCCUAUAUUUUUGUC